CAAUUACAAGAAAGACAGCCAAACCAAUCCAAUCCAUACACGACACCCACAAAACAACACAAAACACUUUCCUCCAAUUCAACGCAUUUCCAUUCUCCCCCAAAAUUCCAACUUUCAUUCCAAUUUCACACUCUUCAAUUUCAAACCCCACAUAGAUUUUCAUCCUUUUUCCCAACUGGGUUUUCAAAAAAAUCUGAUUCUUUAAUACUUUAUUUAUCCCAAUGAAUUUCAGAAACUUGGAAGAUUUCUGGGCUUUUUAUGUGACUCAACAUUCGAAACGAGCAACGAGGCAUUGGCACUUUGUGGGGACGCUUUUGAGUAUUUUGUUCUUGGUGGGUUCGGUUUUCUUCAGUUGGUGGUUUUUGUUGUUUGUUCCUUUAUCUGGGUAUGGGUGUGCUUGGUAUAGUCAUUUCUUUGUUGAGAAGAAUGUUCCGGUUACUUUUCAACACCCCUUUUGGUCGUUGGUUUGUGAUUAUAAGAUGUUUGGGUUGAUGCUUACUGGGAAAAUGGAUAGAGAGAUCAAGAGACUUGGAAAAAGACCUGUGUUGCAAGUGUUCUGAUUUGUGUAUGUUUGGUUGAUCCUUUGGUGUUUGAGACACAGGUUUGUGAUUUUGAGCUUUGAAGUGUUUCAGACAGACACUGAUACAGGAAGGCUCGAAGCGCAGAUGGAUUCAUAUGUGGCUGUGCAGUGAGAAUGAUGGUGUUGUAUAGUGUUCAAAAUUUUAUAGUAUGAUAUGAAUCAUAACACCACUUGAAAUUGUAACAGAAUUAAUAAUUUUUAUGUGGUGUGUUUCUGUCUAAUGCAAUACAUAACUUACCCUUACUUGCA